AUGUAUUCUUCAUAUUCUCUAUCCAGAUGCUUCGUAACCGUUGCUAUAUUGGGCAUGCAGCUCCUGCUCAUAGGAAGUGCUUCGUCCUUGAAUCUUACCAAUACAUAUCUCAACCACAAAUGCCGCAUCAAUCAAGGAAAAUAUAGGCCUGGAAGUAAGUACGAGCACACCUUCAAUACUAUGUCCCGUGAGCUCACUAACUGGACUAGUUUCCGGGACGGUUUCAGACACGAAACAAAACGUUCAGAUGAUCUCAGUUCAGUCACCGUCAUAUUUCAAUGUCGCGGUGAUUCCUUAGGCCCCAAAUGUGGUUCUUGCGCUGCUACCGCUGUCGAAGGGUUUCGUAAGAGAUGUCCGAGAAACAAAGGGGGAAUAAUAUGGUACGACCAAUGCUUUCUCGAUGUAAGUGAUACAAAGUUGUUCAGCAAGAAGACGAGCGAUUUGCUCAAGAAUCUGAUGCUGAAAGCUGAUCAACCUGAUGAGCAAGGCCUGGACUUCGUAUAUUACGCAGCAGGAGUAGAGAACAUCGGGACGAAUAAGUUAUAUGCAAUGGUGCAAUGCGCAAACGACAUAGCAGAUUGUACAGAUUGUUUAGAAUGGAGUAUCAAGGAGCUUCCCAAGUGCUGCGAUGGUAAACAAGGAGCGAGAGUUAUAGUUUACGAUAUCCCUCCGUCGGCCACCUCCGCCGCAGCACCACUCGGCUCCUCCGUGAUUCCGAUUGUAAACAAGCUACAAGACAUAUUCGCUCAGCUCGGAAGCCAGUCCACGAUCGAGCUUCCGCAAGUCGCAGUCGUCGGAAGUCAAAGCAGCGGUAAAUCCAGCGUCCUCGAAGCACUCGUCGGCCGCGAUUUCUUACCUCGCGGGAAUGAAAUCUGCACGCGUCGUCCUCUCCUUCUCCAGCUUGCUCAGACGAAAUCUCGCUCCGAUGGUGGAUCCGACGACGAGUGGGGCGAAUUUCUUCACCUCCCGAACAAGCGUUUCUACGAUUUCUCUGAGAUACGCCGCGAGAUUGAGGCGGAGACGAAUAGAUUACUAGGAGAUAACAAAGGGGUAUCAGAUGAAACUAUUCGUCUCAAGAUUUUUUCCCCCAAUGUUUUGGAUAUCACUCUUGUGGAUCUUCCUGGUAUCACCAAAGUCCCUGUGGGUGAUCAGCCAACGGAUAUCGAAGCUCGUAUAAGAACGAUGAUCUUGUCUUACAUUAAGAAACCUAGCUGCUUGAUACUGGCUGUUACACCUGCUAAUUCGGAUUUAGCCAAUUCAGAUGCUCUGCAGAUCGCAGGAAACGCUGAUCCUGAUGGUCAUAGAACCAUAGGUGUAAUCACAAAGUUGGAUAUUAUGGACAGAGGUACUGAUGCUCGGAAUCACCUUCUUGGAAAAACAAUUCCUCUUCGUCUUGGAUACGUUGGAGUUGUAAAUCGUAGCCAGGAGGAUAUUUUGCUGAACCGCAGCAUCAAGGAUGCUCUUAUUGCAGAGGAAAAGUUCUUUCUUAGUCGUCCAGCUUACAGUGGUCUCACUGACCGUUUGGGUGUCCCUCAGUUGGCAAAGAAAUUAAAUCAGAUUCUUGUCCAACACAUCAAGACACUGCUUCCAAAUUUAAAGUCAUGUAUCAGCAAUGCAUUGUAUGCUGCAGCAAAGGAGUAUGAGAGUUUAGGGGAUAUAACAGAGACCAGGGCUGGUCAAGGAGCUCUUCUCCUCAAUUUUCUUACAAAAUACUGUGAAGCAUACUCCUCAACCCUGGAAGGAAAAAGUAAAGAAAUGUCUACAUCAGAGCUUUCGGGUGGAGCAAGAAUUCACUAUAUCUUCCAAUCUGUCUUUGUUAAGAGCUUGGAGGAGGUCGAUCCAUGCAAAGACUUAACAAAUGAUGAUAUUCGGACUGCAAUUCAGAAUGCAACUGGUCCCAGAUCUGCAUUAUUUGUUCCAGAUGUUCCAUUUGAAGUUCUUGUCAGGAGGCAAAUAUCUCGAUUAUUAGAUCCCAGCCUUCAGUGCGCUAGGUUCAUUUUUGAUGAGCUAGUAAAGAUUAGUCAUCACUGUAUGAUGACAGAGUUACAGCGCUUUCCUGUCCUGCAAAAGCGAAUGGAUGAGGUUAUCGGGAACUUUCUGCGAGAAGGUCUUGAACCCUCACAAGCAAUGAUCCGAGAUAUUCUUGAAAUGGAGAUGGACUACAUAAACACGUCACACCCAAAUUUUAUAGGGGGAACCAAAGCCGUGGAGGUUGCUAUGCAAGAGGUCAAGUCUUCUAGAAUUCCGCAUCCUGUUGGACGGCCAAAGGAUACAGUGGAGCCUGAGAAGACAACUUCUUCUGCUAGUCAAGUGAAAUCUCGAUCUUUCCUGGGCCGAUCAGCUAAUGGAAUCGUCACUGAGCAGGGAGUUCUAGCUGCAGAAGAUACUGAAAAAUCUGCACCAGCUGGAAACACAAGCUGGAGUGGUUUCUCAUCAAUUUUCCGAGGGAGUGAAGGUCAAGCAGCUGCGAAAAGCAACGUAUCGAACAAACCGUUCAGCGAACCUGCUCAAGAUGAGUAUCAGAACUUGUCAACGAUCUUUUUGAAAGAGCCUCCAAGUGUUUUGAGGUCAUCUGAAAACCAUUCAGAACAGGAAGCAGUUGAGAUUAAGAUAACAAAGCUAUUACUAAAAUCUUACUAUGACAUUGUAAGGAAGAAUAUCGAAGACUUGGUUCCAAAAGCCAUCAUGCAUUUUCUGGUGAAUUACUCGAAACGUGAGCUGCACAACGUUUUCAUCGAGAAGCUUUACAGAGAGAAUAUGAUUGAAGAACUGUUGAAAGAGCCAGAUGAGAUAGCGAUAAAGAGGAAAAGAACACGAGAGUCUCUUCACAUUCUUCAACAAGCUAACAGGACAUUGGACGAGCUGCCGUUGGAAGCAGAAUCGGUUGAGAGAGGAUACAGGAUUGGUUCUGAUCCGAAGCAUGAGGAGUUUACGAGUACAAGAAGAUCGAGAACUGAUUCUAAUGGGUACGGACGCAAUCACAUGUAA